AUGUUUGAGCGGUCAUUCACUCAGAACAUGGGAAUGAAAGAUAUAAAAGUUCGCCCGGCUACGGUCGAAGAUGCAACAUCUAUAUCACAAAUUCAUUACGAGGCGCUUGGGAAAUUCCAUAAAUUCUAUUCAGGAUUCCUUGCAAAUAAUCCACGCGAAAUAAUCCCAAUAACCACCGCGACAGCUCUAAAAGAUCCAAAGAGUGCCUUCCUUGUCGCUGUGGAUACGGCCACGGAUCGAAUCGUGGGAUUUAUUAGAUACUGGAUAGUGAAAGAAGAAAAAAAUGAAGCAGAGAUGACAGCAAAGAAGAGUCAAUUGGAUCGAAGUCAGCCGGAAUUCACCAACUUGUUUGCUCCGAAAGAGCAUGUGAAGAAGUUGUACGAAGAGUUUAGUGUACGAGAUGAUGAGAUGGAUGCUUGUUAUGAGGAGGUAGCGAAGGGACAGAGACAUUACUACAUCAAACAUCUCAUGAUAGACCCAGCCCAACAACGCCGCGGGAUCGGACAGAAGCUACUCUCUGCUGUUCUCGCGAAAAGCGACGCAGAGAAUCUACCUACUUUCCUUACUUCAUCAACGGAAGCUCAUCCAUUGUAUGUAAAAUUGGGAUUUGUCGAUAUAGGACCGGAAUUCAGGAUUGAUAAUGAGGCUUGGGCGAGUCGGAUUAUGGAAUUGGAGAGGGAGAUUGGGGUGGAUGAGAGAAUGAGGCUUAAGGAUGAGUGUGUAGGACUGUAUGAGGUGGAGAAUUGUAUGGUCAGAUGGGCAAGUAGAUAG